UCAAGUAUCUGCACUUUUCGACAGCACGGGAACGCAUCACCUGCGGUCCUCGACUCACUCGUCAACGGGGACAGUGAACAGAAGUAUGCUGCUCUUUGAGUUUGGCCAGUCGCACCAGAUUCAAUUCUGAACUCAACGCCGCGUUAUGAGCCGUCGCUGUCAGCCGGGGCGACGUCGUGACACUCUCGGAUAAGAUUCAAAGCCGCCGAGUCAUCUCGGCGACGCAUUCCGCCUCCUGCCUUUUGAGUUUACCGGACAAGUGAUGGGUGGUCUGGUCAAUGGGCGGCGUGGAGGAAGGGCUCCGCCUUUGAUGAUCGGUGCCCUGGUCGCGUGCAUCCUGGUUCUGGGCUUCAACUACUGGGUUUCCAGCUCACGGAACCUGGAACUACAAACCAAGCUGUAUGAGCUGGAGGGUCAAGUGCGUCGCGGGGCGGUGGAGCGCGGCGCUGCUGAGGUGAAGAAAUAUGAGUUCCAGGAAGAGAUUCAGAGGCAGAAAGACCAGAUCGGUCACAUUGAAGUUCUUUAUAAGAGACAGCUGGAGGGAGUCCAGAACACCUGCAGCCAGGAGAAGGCCACGCUGCAGCAGAACGUUUCCGCCAGCAUCCAAACAAUCCAGGCACUAAAAGGCCAGCUCGUUCAGAUGAACGAGGACCUGGGGAGGCUUCAGAAGGAGCUGCAGGCUUGCCAGAGCAACGUCAACACCCUCAACGACAAACUCACAUAUGACAUGAGACAUUGCAACUCGCAGGUCCUGUCCCAGAAGGAGUUGUGUGACGAACGAGUGGCCGCCGCCAAACAGGAAGUCGAGAAGAAGAUGGCCAAGCUCAUCCUCCCCGCUGCCGCCCAGAAGGAUCAGGCGGAGAACGAUGACGUCCAAGUGAACGUGUCCCUGAAGGCGCCGGCCGACUUGAGCCACUCUUCCAACCUCACCACGGCCAAAGCCAGUGAGCUUCUUGGGUUGUACGCCAGGGACCUGCUCAAGGAACAAGCAGGUGUGGACGACGCCCUCCAGUUGGACGUGACAAAAGUCGCCAUUAAAAAGGCCGACACGGCCAAUCCGAUAAAGAGCAGCGAAACCCCUUUGAGCAAGAACCAGACAAAACCAGAGGCGGCGACCGAUCAUACGCAAGCAGUCGACCCGGCAGCGACAAACGUGUUGAAUGGCCAACGAGAAUCUGACAAGGUGGAUGUGAAGGGGAAACCGGACAAGGUGGAUAGUUACGAGCAGGCGCUGGGAGAAGACAAACAAGAACCCGGACAGGAUGGAAACAUAGUGAUGGAGGAGGUGGCAGACUACAAUGGCGACGACGACAAUGAAGGAGAGUUUGAAGCAGACAAGCAGGCUGAACUGGCUCAGAAUUAAGGAAAAAGCACCAAUUGCAAGGUUUUUGUCAGUUGAUUGUUCACCGAUAGGUGAACGUUUCCAACAGCACGAACGUGUUUUUUUUUUUUACUAUUGCCGAUUUUUAUGAGUCUUAUGUGAGCUAGCGGGACACACCAAAUGAAGUUAAAGCACAUUAGUUUCCCCGUUCAAAAGAAUGGACUGGAAUCAUUGAAGAAUGAAUUGAAACUCCUUAACACCAGCAGAUCACUUUGAUUUUAUGUGUUUAACAGAUUCUUUUUUUAAAAAAUGUGUAAAUACAUUUUGACCUGCUGAAAAAAAAAAAAAAAGACUGGAAAUCAUAAAAUAAAAGUGGUGUUAAACGGA